UUAAAAAAUAAAAAACAAAAAAUAAACAAUGGAAAGCAAGAUCAUUUGUCGUUCUCAUUGUCGUGGCCGUAGAUUUGAAUCAAGUUAUUCCCUGUCUCGCUCAAAUGGCGGGCGAUGUCCCUACUCACUCACUACUCAGUAAAAUAUCACUUCUCCCUCCUCACCAAAAUCUUGGCUUUUGCCGCAUUUUACUUUUCGCGAAAUUCAAGUUUCGGGAUCAAAGAGAUGCCAAUCAUGAAUAGAAUGGGGAAAAUCGGGGCAAGAUUUGUGCACAGGCUGGGUGUGGACAGUGCGCCUUCUGCUAGUUUGGUCGAUGGCCAAAAUCGCGUGGUAGAAGCUUCUCUAACCUUAAUCAGGGAGAGGGCAAAACUCAAGGCAGAACUGGUGCGGGCAUUGGGGGGCUCCAUAGCUACCUCUUGCCUUCUUGGGGUUCCAUUAGGACACAAUUCAUCUUUUCUUCAAGGUCCUGCAUUUGCGCCUCCUCGCAUCCGAGAGGCCAUUUGGUGUGGUAGUACAAACUCAGCAUCUGAGAAAGGAAAAGAGUUGAAAGAUCCAAAAGUAUUGACUGAUGUUGGAGAUGUUCCAGUUCAAGAAAUGCGAGAUUGUGGUAUAGAUGAUGAAAGAUUAAUGAAAACUAUCAGCGAUUCUGUAAAAUUUGUGAUGGAAGAGGCACCUCUCCGUCCACUGGUUUUAGGUGGUGAUCACUCAAUAUCCUACCCUGUUGUUCGAGCUGUUACAGAGUACCUUGGAGGGCCUGUGGACAUUCUUCAUUUCGAUGCUCAUCCUGAUAUAUACCAUGCUUUUGAAGGAAAUAAAUACUCACAUGCAUCUUCUUUUGCUCGGAUUAUGGAGGGUGGUCAUGCAAGACGACUUUUGCAGGUGGGUAUUAGGUCCAUUACAAAGGAAGGUCGGGAUCAAGGUAAAAGAUUUGGAGUGGAACAAUUUGAAAUGCAUAGUUUCACUAAAGAUCGAGAAUUUCUGGAGAAUUUGAAACUUGGAGAAGGUGUAAAAGGUGUUUAUGUCUCGAUAGAUUGUGACUGUCUUGAUCCUGCUUUUGCACCUGGUGUCUCGCACAUUGAACCAGGCGGCCUUUCAUUUCGAGAUGUGAUGAACAUUCUGCAAAAUUUGCAAGGAGACAUUGUUGCAGGUGAUGUUGUAGAAUUUAACCCACAGCGUGAUACAGUGGAUGGAAUGACAGCAAUGGUAGCAGCAAAGCUUGUAAGGGAAUUAACUGCUAAGAUGUCUAAGUAGCCAGCUGAUUGUGAACAGUUUGAUCUAUUUUAUUUUUUGACAUAAAUGUUUUAACAGGAUGAAGUUCUCUUCUAUUUAUUUACUAGAGAGAAUGGAAGCCUCUUUUUUGGUAGCAUUCAUAGCAUGCGAGUUGAGGAAGUAGUGGACUAAGAAAAAUUAAUCAAUUUGAUUAAAUGAAUCAAUGUUCUAAUUAGAUUUUAAAUGCAAGAUACGGAAAGUGUAUGGUCAUACUCUUCUCGAAUCCUCUGUAUUCCAUA